UACAAGAGGAAAUGGGAGUCGAACAAGUCUUUCGACUCUUUCCGGAGCACUACUUAACGAAAAUGAAAGAGAGAGAGAAGAGGCGCUCAUAAUGGACAACAAGAAAAAGAAUGGUUUCGUCACCGUAAACCAUAGGGUCGAAGCAGAUUACCCACACGCUUUGUUGGUGAUGAGAGAUUUGGGCAAACUUCACGCCUUGUCGUAUGCGAUGAAGGAUCAUAAACCGAGUACCUUCAAGUAUUUACAGGGCAACUUACAAGAAACAUUUUUCAAUAGCGAUUUUUUUAAAUCCGUGCUUGAAAUGAUACCCGUGUUAGCAGACAAGGUGCUAAAGUCCUACAAUCCAGAAACAGAAACUUUUAAAAGUGCAAUCGAAAACGCUGCCCAAACUUUUAGAGGCUUGUUGGACGUUGAGCGAUAUGGAGAAUAUGCCGUAAUUAACCAUGGAGACCCCGAAAUGAGAAAUUAUCUUUUUAGAUACGGGGAUACAACACGUCCAUCUGAACCCACAGAAUUAUGCAUGGUCGACUAGCAACUCACACACGUAGGAUCACCGGCUUUGGACAUACAUUUCUUUAUUUUUGUCUGUACCAAUCAGGAACUUAGAAAUAA